AGUCGUGUCCAGGAAGCGGAAGAGAGCCCUAUCAUUGUGUUUUGGCGUUGCUCUGUAAUUGUUGUGCACCGGUAGGUGGACAAAAACCAAAGCCGUUUUGGAGAUAUUGGUCAGCAAGUAUGGCAGCAGCCAUCCCGGCACCGCUUAAAACCAUUCAACACCACCUGCGGACCGCUCUAGAACAUGAGAAACGGGACCCCGUAGUCGCUUAUUACUGUAAGCUUUAUGCUGUGCAGACAGGAAUGAAGCUGGAUAGCAAAAGCCCAGAGUGCCGCAAGUUCCUGAUGAAGUUAAUGGACCAGUUAGAAUUGAUGAAGAAAGAGCUUUCGGAUAAUGAAUCAGUUUCUCAAGAGCUAGUUGGUCAUGCCCACAUUGAAAACUAUGCUUUGAAAAUGUUCCUGUAUGCAGAUAAUGAAGAUCGAUCAGGGCGGUUUCACAAGAACAUGAUCAAGUCAUUCUAUACUGCAAGCCUUCUGAUAGAUAUCCUCACUGUGUUUGGAGAAUUGUCUGAAGAGAACAUCCAGCACAGGAAGUAUGCUAGAUGGAAGGCAACGUACAUUCACAACUGCCUGAAGAAUGGAGAAACACCACAAGCAGGGCCUAUUGGAGUGGAAGGGGAAGCAUAUGAAGAUGAAUAUGAUACAGAGAUUGGGAUCCCCUCUCAAGUUCUAAAACCAAGUGAUCCUGCCAGUGAGGGAACGUCCUCGACACAUAGUACGACAAACAUACAAAUCCCACCAGGAGCGCAUGCACCUGCCAAUACCCCUGCUGAUGUGCCUCACAACACAGAGAAUGUAAGUCAUCCUGUUCAGCCCUCUCCUCAAAAAAUCCCCCAAGUAGACCCAUCAUUAUUCAAGGCUGGUCAACAAGGAAAUGUGCAUCUAACACCAGAAGAUUUUGCUAGAGCUCAAAAGUACUGCAAAUAUGCUGGAAGUGCCCUGCAGUAUGAAGACAUAGACACAGCGGUACAAAACCUACAGAAAGCACUCAAGUUACUUACUACAGGCAGAGAAUGAGGCCUUUGUCUUCCUGAUUCGUUUAUCUUGCCAAAAGAACUAAGAGCGCAUUACUCCACCCUCAGCUGUAUUAGAAGAAUGGAAUUCUGUGGAAGUCCUUUAAUUCACCAUUAACAACAAUGAAAUCUGUGUCUCCGAAUUCGCAGUUCUGCUCUUACAUACCAUAUUUAGUUGACUCUUUAACUUUCUUUCAGCAUUAGGGGGCAGUUUGAAAGUAAUGUCUUUAAAAGUUAAAGCACGUCCCGUUAAAUUGCAAGUAAAAAAUAGUCUUCAAAGGAAACAAAAAAAUGUAACUCUUCCAUCUGAUGGUAUCGUUCUUAAACUUCUUAUUUUACCACCGUGUCUGCAUGUUUUUUGCAAUAUUUGUACACUGAAAUAUUUUUAAGGUGACUCUCAAAAUCGUCACUGUACAGUUUGACAAUGCUAUUUAGUUUUUCUAUGCUUGUUACUAUUUAAAAUUUAAUUUUCUUUCCUUAAAGCUGUUGUCUUUCUCUUCCCCCAAUCCCCCCUCCCCCCUUUGCCAAGAGGUUUGUAUGCAAUAUCUCCUUUGUUUUUUUUUUGUUUUGUUUGAUUGAUCGGAAAGACUUCUUCUAAUAUUAUGUAAGAUGGGGUUGAAGAGUAUAUUUACAUUAUUAUUAAAGGAAAACAGGAAAUGGCAUGUAAUGAAUAGUUUUAUGGAAUCGAAAAAUGGAGUUAGUCUCAGUCAGAGCUGUUCAGUACAGUAUCUGUCCUUUCAGUGAAUCGUGAGGGUGAUAUUCCGCUCUGAUGUUUGCUUAAUCAAAUAAAGAAGACAGCCGAAUUUGAGCAGUUGACGUUUCUACAAGAUGACGAAUUUCACAAACCGAGUGAGAUUUCUUAAGGAGUUUGGUAACGUUUAGAAUAAAGGGCUUUUUAAAAAAACGGUUCUUAGGUUUUCCUUUAGGAAGGAUAUUUUGAGUUUCAUUAGUCUGAGGAGUUCAGGACACAAUUAAAAUGAGAUUAAACUUCUGCCAGGCUGUACUCAUAUAUGGUGUAUGUCAUAGGGUUAUUUAUGGUGUGAGGUUUUAUACGUCUUUUUUUUCUUUUCUUUUUUUUUUCCCAGCCUCACUGAAAAUUUUAUUGAACCAACUUUUUGCAUCCAAGAUGUCCGUAGCUGCUUUACAUGUUCAAAUACAAUCUGUAAACCAUCCUUAAAAUAUGAAGAUUUUUCGCCAAAAGUAAGCUUACACAACCUUCACCCACUCCUGUUUAUUUUAAGGCUUGCCCUUGGUGAAGUGCUUGCUGUAUUCAAUUUGUUAAAUUGUGAUUCUAACAUAAUCUGUCACUGCCUUAAAGUAAUCCACUGUAGCCAGAGGGAUAGAGCGGUCUGGAGAUCCGUAGUGGUUACAGCAGCCUGCCACCCAAGUGCUUUUUCUGAACACCAAAAAGAGAAGUUUAUGGUUACGGAUGUGAAGUGGUUGGUACAGCACCUUCCAUGCGAAGUGCUGCAGCAACUCACAAGUUCAGUUUGCAGUGUGCGAGCUGGCAUUACCAUUCAGCAGCUGGCAAGGAAUCUCACCUGGGAUUGUACCCUUGGCAUGCAGAAAUUUGAUCUCGCUGCACACUUUUAUUAAAGAGCUGUUUGCCGUUCUUUAGAUGAUUUAUGCAGCACGGUCACACCUUUUGAUUCCCUGAAGCCUAACCAUACAUAACCUAUUAAUACCAGCUGCAUAAGAUCUGUGUUUAAAGUGAGCUGAAUUGUUACCUUACUGUUUGAAAUAUCCUUAAAGUUUAGUUUACCCUCCUAAAUAUCUUGAAAGUUAAUUUCACCUUCAGAAUUUGCUUACUAUAAGAAGGUAGCCGUUUGUAAGCUUGUAUACUUUUUGUUUCCUUUUCAAAUGGCUAUACAAUAAAAAUUGUAGGUAAAGUUUUAAAUUUUGACAAUAGUAUAAUAAGAUAUUCGCUCAUUAACUAUGAUUAAUUCAUGUAUGUUCAUGUCCAUUUGUUUUGGUUAUUUCCAAGUCCAUAGUUCUGUUUGCUUUUUUUAAAGCAUAUUGGCAAGGUACUCAUUGUAAAAGAUCCAUAGAAAAUAAAGCUAGGCUUUAACUUAA